AUGGCAAAGCUUGGCAAACCCAAAGGGAGCCGCAACAAAAAGACGCUAGAGAGACUGAUGGCCGCUCCACCAAGGCCAAGUCUGGCCAGGAGUUCUUUCAGUGAGCCGGGGUCAUCAGGCCAGCCAACAUCACGCGAUAAUGAUAACGUUGACUUGGCGAUUCUUGGGGCCGAUCCACACUUGGACUCGAACGACAUCCUCGGCGCAUGCCAUCAGGAUCAAUACACGGGACGAGGUUCGUUCUACCCACCCUUGAAUGCAAAGGACCUGUGGUCUGCGGUAUCAGAUCCACGAGAGUUCAUCGAUCCCGAACUCUCUGCCGAGGGACCCUCGAAGGGAGAUCCUGCGGGCAGUUGGGUGGACAGGGAGUGGCAGGAGCUGCUUGGAGACGUUUCGGGCGACAAAUCAGCGUUCUCCCACUUCGCAUACGUGGGCCUCGAUGAUAUGGCACAAAGCACUGCUGAGGUCUCUGGCAGCCCAACGAUGGUGCUUGAUUCGGACUCAGGGGCCAGCGACCAGGUGUGCAGCUGCUUCAAGAGGCUGACGGACCACCUUCAGGACCUGAAUAUCACAGAACGCCAGCAGAGCAUAAUCUCCUCUGAUACUUUGCUCCAAAAAUCGUGUGGCGUCCUGGUUUUCAGCCAAGGCGUCCUGGCAUGCCGCCACUGCCACUUAGACUCCAAGAUACUCCUGCUGCUCAUGACGGUACUUCAAACAGUCCUGAAUUGGGUCUACGUGGAGAGCAAGCAGCACAAGAACAAGACCCGUGAGAUACCUGCUAUCUACUUCGGCACCUGGAAAGUGCCAGAAGCCCAUGGGCAUCUCAUCCAGGGGUUAUUGACGAGCCAGGUCCUCGCUGGUCUCCAGUCCAUUGUCGAUACCCUCCGUUUGCGCGUGGACGAGAUAUCACUCGGUGCAAGCAAGGCCGAGGGAAUGUAUCAGUAUAUGGAUGCCGAGUCACUUCGACACGCGCUGCAGCGGUUGGUGAGACUCCUGGGAGAGGUGGCUGUGGUUUCUAAACCUUAG